AUGCAUCUCAUGGCCCACUCCUUCAUCAAGAAAGCACUCGAUUGGCCAUGUGUUCGUCCGGACAACCCGAAGGCACUUGAUGACUUCUCAAUUCUGCUGGUUGAGUGUGAAAAUGCUGUAAAAUGCAUUCAAGCAGUGAAGGUCCUCGAGUACCCCGACAACAUGAGGAAGUUGGUGGGUAAACUACCAUUCUAUCUUCAUGACAGGUGGAGAAAUGAUGAUCUACAGACCUCAGACCAAGGCGAGACUGUCCAAUUUAGCCAACUGGUUAGAUUUGUAAAGAUGGAGGCAAAGAAGGUGAUGGAUCCCAUGUACGGCAGAGAGGCCCUGAGCCAAGAUGUAAAAGGCACAGGGGCAAAGGUCGUCACCAAGCACACCAAUCGUUCAAGGGGCAGUUUUGCAACCGAGGUUUCAAGUGGCCAAUCCGAGCAGACAUGGCGUAACAGAGAAGGAGACAACAGGUCGACAGCAGUAAAGUCUGGCAAUGAAGUGAAGAACGUGUGCAUAUAUUGCACUGACACAGGCCAUCAUACUGACAAGUGCAAGCGUCUGUCCAGUUUGCCUCUGUCUGAAAGAACAGAGUUUGCAAAAUCCAAAGGUCUAUGUUACGGAUGUCUCAAGCGUGGUCACCAGAGUAAGGAGUGUCGCCAUAGAUCCACUUGUGACAUUUGCAAACGUCGACAUCCAACCUGCCUCCACGAUGAGAAUAGAGUUCCCAAGCCCGAGUCAAAGCCUAAUCCAGAUGGCAGCAGUGGGCAGUGUGCAAACUUUGCAAAGCAUGCAGGUCGUAAUACAAGGGCCGGUCAGCAGGGUCAAUGCACCAUGGCAAUUGUACCGGUUAAAGUCCGGCUGAGAGAUGGUAUCAAGGCUGUACCAACGUACGCAUUCAUGGAUCCUGGAAGCACGGUUUCCUUCUGUAGUGAGAGUCUAGCCCGGCAGUUGGGAGCAAGUGGUCCAUGUAAGUCCAUUACAUUGGACACCAUGGGUAAGCCCUACUCCAUGAAGACGUAUCUCAUCGACGGGCUGAAGGUCAGCGACUUAGACAUGACGAACGAGAUUGAUCUUCCAGUCAUGUAUACCAAAGACACAAUACCAGUUUCCCAGCACCAUAUUCCAAAGACUGAUGACAUCUCCAGGUGGGACCAUCUUAAAGACAUCAGCUUGCCUGAAAUAGAUGCAGACAUUGGACUCCUGAUUGGUAACAAUGUGGCAGAUGCCUACACCCUGUUUGAUCUGAAAACUGGUCCAGCGGGUAGCCCUCAUGCUGCAAGAACUAUGCUCGGUUGGGUGGUUUGGAAUGUGAUGAGAGACGCUGAAGAAGUACAGAGUGACAUAAGUUGUAGUUUCUCUGUAAACAAGGCUGAGGUCACAGCAGUAGCAGAGGUAGAUCAGCUCAAGCAUCUGGAUAGAUUAGUUAGAGAGACCAUCAACAUGGAUUUCCCCGAGAGGCUCAUUGACGACAAGAAAGAGCAUUCUGAAGAAGACAUCAGAUUCUUGGCGUCGGUGAACAAGUCUAUCACUCACAGAGAUGGUCACUACUGUAUUGGUCUACCUUUCAAAGAAGAAGAUGUAAAGCUGACUGACAACAAGUCAAUGGCAUUGAAGCGCCUUGAUAGUCUGAAACACAAACUACAGAGAAACAGUGAAUUCGGCAGUGACUACAAAGAGUUCAUGUUCAAGAUUAUGAGUGAAGGCUACGCCGAAAAGGUCCCACAAGAAGACCUACAUCGGGCAGACGGCAGGGUGUGGUAUAUUCCGCAUCAUGCAGUUUAUCAUCCCCGCAAGCCCGAUAAGAUUAGAGUAGUCUUCGAUUGUGCGGCUACAUACCUGGGUUCAUCUUUGAACAACGUCUAA